AUGGAUGACGGCAUGCGGGCGAGGGAUGUGAGGGGAUGAAUGGAUGGACACGGGAGAGCAGAGGGAGGGAGGGAUGACAUCAGUGCAGAGUCUGUUUUCAGCCAAUCCCCUCACAGCCCCCUGCCUGCUUUCUCCGCCCUCCCACACCUCUCCGUUGUUGCUACGGCAGCAGCACCAUCCCGUCUGUGUGAGGCAUUGUUUAGGGUUGGUAGUAAUGCGGCGUGGUUGGUGUGUGUUUAUAUGGGACACCAGAGGCUGCAGUCCACAAGUAAUCACCUCUUUUUUCUUACUCAAUCAUCCAGCCCUCAUCUUCCCUCCUCCCUUGCUCUAGUUGUCAUUCCUCAUCUCCUCCUGCACUUUAUCCCUGUUUUCGUCAUUGUCUCAUCUUCCAUCUUCCAUCUCACCUCUCUGUCUUCAAGGUCCUUUCAUUCAUGCUUUGUUCUUGCUGCAGUCUUUCUGCCAAGUAUUCACACUUUAUGUUUACAUGCAGCAAACUUGACAUACACAUUUACAUGCACAAAGGAUAUUACAGUGUAUAUCAUAUUACGUUUUCUGCAUGGUCACUUUUUUUUACUUGGAAAAUGUGGAUAUAUUGCACAAAAUUUGGUCCAAAAGGCAUGUGAAUCCACAGACAAAGGCACUUUUCUCCACACAGGGCAGGUUGGGUCACUGAAUCGUCUGAUGAGAAUGAUGUAGUCUGACUCACCACAUGUAGACUGUAGCUAUAAACCUGCCAUUGGUCGCCUAUUUAGACCUUCUUUCUGCCUCCCUUAUGCUAUCUACAUGUUGCCAUUUUCAAAAUCGGCUUCACUAGAGGAAAUAUUGAAAAAAAAAUGGUAAGCUCUGAAAGAUUUCGAUCAUGAAAUGAUAAUAAUGUCUGCUUUUUUCUUUCGGUGAAUUGUUGUAAAUAUCUACAAUGAUCAAAAAAACUUGUAAACGCACCUCAACAAACCCCAGAGUUUGCCUCGCAGGACUCUCAUGCUCGUUUAUCCAUUUUCUGACAUGACCAAUCAGAGUUUAUUUGCCAAGAGUUUAUUUUCUGAUAUGGUGGCGACAUCCCACAUUGACUUCACAAAUGCACCGAUCUGUUCCACUUCUCACAAGCUUCUCUGAUAUAGUCGUACUAAUUUACAGGUUUUUGGGGCCUAUUUUUUGGAAGAGAAUUAGCCAUUUUGUUGACAGUGCUUACCACCGAGUAUACAAAGCAAGUCCCUCCGCUUCACUAUUUUACAAGAGCACCGUCACUGCAUCCAGACAGCGAUUGGCUUAAAGCAAUACAAACAAGCCAGAGCAUUUUUUUCCCCCAUAACAGAAUGAUAACGUGCGCUUCCACCUGACAGAAUUCCCUACUCCACAUUAAAUAACAUUUAUACAGGAAGUAGUCUAUUUCGAUAGGUAUUUGUACCUGACAGAAUUACCUACUCCACAUUUAAUUUUAUUUAUAGAGGAAGAAGUUCACUCUGACAGAUAUUUGUACUUGACAGAAUGACACACGGUAGUCCAUUCAGAUAGAUAUUCAUAGAUAAUAUUAGACAAUGUCAUAUAAUACAAAAAGGGACUGCUUCCGUUUUCAUAGAAAUAUCUACAAAUAUGUAUCAUAUUAUAUUUUAACAUGCAACAUUUCCUCUUUUGUGGUUUGGCUUUUGCUUACUGUUGAGUCUUGACAGACUUUUUAUUUUUUCUAUACCGUGUCAGACAGGAAGCAUAAGAAUUUCAGCAGUUUCAUUCUGAUCAUCUGCUAACAAGUAUCAUGUGGAUAUUGCUGUCAGUUCAUAUUUGUAUUACAUAAGUUACGUCUUUGAAUAUUCAUUAAUAAUUCAGAUAUAAAAAACAAAAGUUGAGCAUAAAGGUCUGUAGACAAAACAUUCACAGAUCCAUAUGGCCAUUUCCUGUAUGUAAACACAUACUUUUAUGUUUUCCCACAUAGGCCCAGUCAUAAAAAAAAAUCUGAGAAUAGGACAGUAUGAAAUAUAUCAUUUGUUAUGUAGUCUGAUUAUCUGUCUGUCUCUUUCAGCUGGAGUGUCUGCCUAUUUUGCAGCCAGUCUGUUUGUGUCAGGGUGUCUGCGUUUCAUCUGCUGCUGUGCUGCUCUCUUUGCUCUCGUAACCAUGGAAAUGGGAUCAACAUGCAAAUACCUGAGCACGUUCGCUAAGGCUGUGUGAUAGGAGAUGCAAAUUGUGUUUCCGCUUGUAGGAUUACACACCCACACACACAGAUGCACACUCAUACGUAUACGCACGCACACACAAACGUUACUCUGAGCACGUAAGCACACCCACCUGCAGUCCAGCACAUUUCUCAGAACAUUAAACCACAGACAUAUUUAGUACAGUAGGUGAAGGAGCAGUGCUCAACCUUAAAUACACACAUUAACAACAGUGUGUAGGAUUUAAGGGCAUCCAAUGGCGGAAAUGGUAGCCUAUAUAAUAUUCAUAGCUAGGUUUUCUUUAGUGUAUAAUCACCUGAAACUAAGAAUUGUUGUGUUUUUGUCACCUUAGAAUUAGCUGUUUAAAGCUCCUUAUGGAGCAGGUCCUCUUCCAUUGAGUCUGCCAUGUUGGAGCUCAGAACGGACAAACCAGCCAUUGGCUGUAUUUAGGGCCACUCACAUUUCAUGACGGUCACUGUAGUUGUUCUACAUCCAUGGCACAUGGGGGAGAAAUUUUAGUUCUGCAACCUCACCUAGAUGCCACUAAAUCCUAUACAUAGGAUUUAGCUAAAACCUACAGCUAAAACCUAUAUUUGGGGGGAAUUUUCAGUGUCACUCCCUGGACUUCCUGCACUCUGGUGAAUAUAUCUAGCAAUGUUACCUUUUCCUCAUCAAUUAAUAGUAAAAAUAGCUUUAAUUUUGUCUAAAUAAAAGUCCUCUGUACUUAAAUGUUUUUAUUGGGGGGUACAAAUAUGCAUAGAAAUAGGGUGACAUUUUGCAACAGCUAAGCUUUACAAUGAAUGUCUUAUCAAUGAAUACACAAAAUAACCCAAAAGCGAUGCAUAUUUGUUUCUGAAAAGGCAUCUGAUAAGGAAAAAAAGGUCACAUGGAUGUGAGAUAAUAGAACAGGGUGUAGCAUCACAUAUGAACCACAAUAACUAAAAAGUGAAAUGACAGCAUUCUUGCAUACAAUUAGCUAAGGUUAUAAAAUUCUAAAAACAAAUACUAUACUAUACUAUAUACUACAAGUACUAUUCCAAUAUCUUUAAUUGGGUGUAACUGUGCAUCAAAUUACUAUGAAACAAUUUAAUACUCGUCUCACCCUUUUGAAAAAUGUAAAAAUCAUGCAUCUAUGCCUAUGAUUUUUACAGUGAUUUGAUCCACUUUCAUAUUGAAAAUAUUUAUCAAUGAAUGUUUAAAGACUUGAAUAAAGCACGAAAAUAAAAUAGGAAAAAAAAUGGCGCAUCUCUAUUUAAAAAAAAUAGAGCUCAUUCUUUUAUUUUUUCAAGAAACUAUCUUUCAAAUGUGGUCAUGAGCUGGUUAAAGCAUGGCUUGUGCUAAACUCCACUGUACGCCUCAUGGAGUCUAAUCUCCAUCCCUAUCGCCUCUCCUUUCAUUGAUGUCUGUCUUUUUUUAUGAAUGAACGGCAGAGGAGGAAAGGGGACGGGAAACUGGAUGCUUUGUGAUUGGCUGCUAUCGCUUGACGUCACCUCCGCCGUGACGCUAUGCACCCAUUCACAAAAAAAAAGGGAAAAUAGAGAAACAAUCUUGAGAAGCAACACUCGGAGAGGGAGAGGGAGACAGAGAGAGGUGACCGGAGUGAAUGUGAGGAGUAGUGCGGUUACAAUGCGCGGAUAGAGGACAAACGGAGUCCACCGCAGGAUCCGGUGGGGGCGCAGCGAGAGAGACAGACAGCCGACAGUGAAACCGAGACACACAGAGCACUGAAACGACGUACGAUGGAGGACCUGGGCGAGAUGGACUGCCCGGUGGUGAAGCGGUUCCUAAAGGACGACAGCGCCAAGUGCCUGCUGCUGGACUGCCGCUCCUUCCUCGCCUUCAACGCGGGGCACAUCCGCGGCGCCGUCAACGCCCGCUGUAACACCAUCGUCCGCCGCAGGGCCAAGGGCUCCGUGCUCAGCCUAGACCAGAUACUGGCCGGGGACGAGGAGGUCCGGGGCCGCCUCCGCUCCGGGAUGUACUCCGCCGUGGUGCUGUACGACGAGAGGACGCCGGACUCCGAGACGGUGAAGGAGGACAGCACAUUGACUCUGGUGCUCAACGCGGUGUGCAGACACUCCUCUGGCUCACAAAUAUACCUACUUAAAGGUGGAUACGACAGGUUUUUCUCAGAGUACCCAGAGUUUUGUAUAAAGACCAAAUCCUUACCAACGCUCACCAGCCAGUCCAGCAUCGACUCUGCCUGCUCGUCUUGUGGGACGCCACACCAUGACCAGGGAGGUCCUGUUGAGAUCCUCCCAUUUCUCUACCUUGGCAGUGCCCUGCAUGCCUCAAAGAAAGAGGUUCUGGACGCCAUAGGAAUCUCCGCCUUGCUGAACGUGUCUGCCGACUGUCCCAACCAUUUUGAGGGGGCGUACCAGUACAAAUGUAUUCCCGUGGAGGACAACCAUAAAGAAGACAUCAGCUGCUGGUUCCUGGAGGCUAUUGAGUUCAUAGAUUCAGUACGGGACUCCAGUGGGCGAGUGCUGGUCCACUGUCAAGCAGGCAUCUCCCGCUCUGCCACCAUCUGCCUGGCUUACCUAAUGAAAAGGAAGCGGGUGCGUCUGGACGAAGCCUUUGAGUUUGUGCGCCGUCGUCGCAGCAUAAUUUCCCCUAACUUUAGCUUCAUGGGCCAGCUGCUGCAGUUCGAAUCGCAGCUCCUCGCCACCUCAUGCGCAGCCGAAGCGGCUGCCACAGCGAGCCCGCUGCUGGGACCCAAAUCCUCAACGACAACCACUGCAAAGACGACCACGCCCACCUCUCCGUUCAUUUUCAAUUUCCCAGUUUCAGUGGUGAACCCUGCCUACCUGCACCACAGCCCGAUCACGACCUCCCCCGGCUGCUGAUGGACAGCCAAUCACAGCCAAGUAACUAACUCAGCGCAGACUGGGCUACCAUUGGCUGGAAGAGCUGUCAGUCUUACUGGCCGCUGCAGUAUGUACAUGCUUCCAGGGUGGGGAGGUGAGAAGCGUCAAGGUGCCUGAUUAAAAACUGAAAGACUGAAAAAAAACCUUUUUAAAGUUCAGAAACCAGCCAACGCUCCUUCCAUUUUAACACAAGAUUUCUUCAAACUGACCAAAAAUGAACUGGCUUUCAAAACUUGUUUCAGAGUUGGGACAGAGUGUUGGACAGACGUUAACUGACGAUACACCUUCUUCCUUUAAAAACAACAACAUGCACAGGGACAGACUGACACACAAACACUGACACAGAGAGGCAUGUGCAGCAACUUGCUUUCCGCCUCUCUCUCUCACACACACACACACAUUCAUGACUACCAACUGAAUAAGCUCAGUAUGAAGACUGUUGCUAUGGAGACAACAGGUCUUUAGGAGAGGAGAUGGACACAGGAAGGAAGGAGGAAUUUUAAGCACCCGCUCUUUCCCCUUUGGGUGUCCCUCCUGUUGCCAGACAAAAGAGAUGGAUGGAAAAAAGAGGGGAGGAGACGGUGAUAGAAAGCAGGAGCCUCUUCAGUGACAGGUGCUCUGACCGGAGCUUCCUGUCUUUCAUACGUCCUCUUCCUCUCACCCCACACCUUCCUCUCCUCUCAUCUCCUUUUCAUCCUUUUAUAUUCCUUCCUCCUCCUCUCAUCUCAUUUUCACCCCGUCCGCCCCCUCUCCUCUGCUCCUCAUCUCCUCACUGAAGAGGCUAAAUAAAUAAAAUAAGAAGCAAAAUAAAGGCCAGGGCCCUUGGAAACAGAGUGGGAAACCCCACUGCAGGCCCCUGAUACACACCGUAGGAAACCCCUUCUGGUACAUCACUAAAAAGUUGUUAUGGAUGAAAGGGCUGAAAGGAAAAGCUGUGAGAGAAUGACGUCAUUACAAAAAUUAGGUUUGGCUGAAAAAAGGAGGAAAAACAUUUUGAGCACAGUGGCUCUGGAAGAUAGCUGCUUGAAGGACCAUUCUGCUGGUUUGUUUAAAUGCAUUAUAAAUGAUUUAUUUUAACUCUUGUCACAGCAAACACAACUUUAACUUUCUAUUCUGUUUUGCACGUUUAUUAUACCAGAUGAACUGACUCCGAUAGCAGGCUUUAGAUUUUUUUUUUAGGAUAAUUGGCUUAAACAUGCAUCACCAGCGACUUGUCCUUUAAGAUGUUUGUGCCUUGUUCACAAAGGUAUCCUGUGGAUUUAGGCAUGCUGCUAGAAAGCAUUGCUGAAUGUUAGUCAGACUUAAAGAAAAAACAAAAAAAACAGAGCUCAGCAUUUCAGCAGCGCAGUACAGACUAUUAUUCCACAUUUUCAAAAGAACAAAAGCUUCUGUGUUUAUCUCUCACACUCACAGAUGGACACAAACACAUAAUAGACUGAUUUUGAAAAAGUCCAUAUUAGACAUUACAAUGAGAAAUAUAUAUUUUUAAUAUACUGA